UCGUUCUAUGUAUUCUCGUUCAAGAUUGCUUCCCUUCACCUAAAAUUCAUUCAACCAAGCAUUGGAACAGGCACUCCACUAUGGCGAAAUGGACCACCUGAGAAGCCAGUGCUAUGCAAUGCCUGUGGAUCAAGGUACAGGAUAAGAGGAACUCUUGCAAACUAUGCACCUAAGCAUGCCCAAGGACAACCAAUUGCUAAAAGGGUAAGAAUUAGCUCAAGGAUGGUUCCAAAGGAAGGCAAAUUGAAAGUGGAAGAGAACUUCUCCUCUAAGGCUUGCCAUUCUACUGCUUCUGAUGAUUCUACAAGGAAUAAAUCUAGCUCAGAGUUUGCAAUAUCAUGUUCAUGUCCCCAGAGCUGCUGCAAGAUAAAAGAAGGGCUUGGAGGUGAAAUUCCAGGGGAAAUCCAGGGAAGCUUUUGGAAGUCUUGUAUACCUUCGAGAAAGAGGUCUUUAAUGUUUCAACAGAGCAGUACAGCCAUUGAAAGACUCCAAAGGGAUCUUCGAAAUAUUUUGAAGCAGGAUCCUUUCAUCUUGACUGAAAAUGAAGAGGAUCUGCUUAUCUAUAAUGCAAACAACCUGCAAAUAUCAUACAAUGAAAUUGGUCUUGGAGGCUUUCUUCUCAAACCCAACUCUACUACUGCUACUACUUUUCCUAGAGAACCUGCACCACCUGUUGAGACACAAUCUUCUCUAGUGGAUGAUGUCAAACCGUCUUCAGUAGAUAUCAUGGAUUCUGGCUUCAAUGAGUCUCAAAAUAGAUCCUCAUCAAAGUAGCAGGAAUGAUGUGUGUUUAAGGAGGUGCCAAAAUGAGUGCCUUAGGCUAUCUAAUUCCUCUACUUACUGAGAAUUUCAAGUACUUGUCUUGGAUUUACAAGAAGUUUAUGUUUUUCUUUUUGGAAAAUUGAUGAUCAAUACUAUCUAUAUUAAUCAAUCAUUGAUUCCAAGUGUUUA